CGAGCCGAGCCGAGCCGAGCCGAGCCGAGCCGAGGAUGCCCCGACGGGCUUCGGGCGAAGUGUGGCUCUGCGAUCGCUUCUCCUACCUCUGCCUCAAAUUCACACUCAUCACCUACUCCACGCUCUUCUGGUUGAUAGGCGGCCUUGUCCUUUCCGUGGGGAUCUAUGCUGAGGUCGAACGGCAGAAGUACAAAACCCUGGAGAGCGCCUUCCUAGCCCCCGCCAUCAUCCUGAUCCUGCUGGGGAUCGUCAUGUUCAUCGUCUCCUUCAUCGGCGUCCUGGCGUCCCUCAGGGACAACCUGAGCCUCCUUAAAGGGUUUAUGUUCAUCCUCGUAAUCUGCCUGGUAAUCGAGCUUAUUGGUGGCGUGGUGGCCUUGAUCUUCAGGAACCAGACAAUUGACUUUUUAAAUGACAACAUUCGAAGAGGAAUAAAGAAUUACUACGAUGACCUGGAUUUCAAGAACAUAAUGGAUUUCUUCCAAGAGCAGUUCAAAUGCUGUGGAGGGGAAGACUACAAAGAUUGGGGCAAAAAUCAGUACCACGAUUGCCAGAGCCCCGGACCUUUAGCUUGUGGAGUGCCUUACACCUGCUGCAUAAGAAAUAAGACCGAUGUCAUCAACACAAUGUGUGGCUACCGGACCAUUAACCAAGAGCGCCUGAGCGUCCGAGACGUCAUCUACAUCCGAGGCUGCACCAACGCCGUCCUCAUCUGGUUCACGGACAACUACACCAUCAUGGCCGGCGUGCUCCUCGGGAUUCUGCUUCCUCAGUUCCUGGGCGUGUUGCUGUCCCUGCUGUACGUGUCCCGCGUGGAGGACUUCAUCUACGACUGCUCGGACCCCGACGGCCUCCUCCAGUCCUCGCAGAAGCGCGGCCCCGAAUCCGCCGGCGCGGGAUGCUGUAUGUGCUACCCCGCCUGACGUCUCGCUCUCGAGCCUCGAGGACGAUGUUUCAACCCCAGCCGGGCCCUGGGCGGCCGACGGAUCUGCGUCCUGACCUGGCCUCCUCCGCCUGGGAUCUGGGCUCAGCCCGGACCGUUCCAGGUGGUCUUCAUCUGUUCCUGAGCACUCCUCUUCCUCUUCCCCCCCCCUUUCCUCCCUCCCCAUGACCGUGAUUGCCUUCUCUCCCCGCACCUCUCGAUUCCUUGGGAAAAUGGGAUUCUUCUCUGAAGAUCAUCUGCACUGCUGAGGUGGGGACCUCCUGUUCUGGACAGGUUCAUAGAAUAGGGGGCAGCCAGUUGCGUGGCCCAAGGCUGGUGACUGAUGACGGGGACUUGUCUGGCCCCAUCUUCCAUCUCACAAGGUCCUUGACGGGGACCCCCGGGCUCUCCCCGCCCCCCCCCCCCCCCCCCCCAGUCCCUAAAGAGGGACUGAAGUGUCCCUGUCCCCUCCCUCAGUGCUAGGGACCAGCCAGUCAGGGAUGGAAAUCAGGUGAGCCCGGUUCAGCUCCGCUGCCAAUCUGCCGUGGAUCCAGGUGAGUUAUCCUCCCCUUCUGUAAGAUGGAGGUAUCCCCCUCUUUUUCCACGGGGCUGAGAUGGCGGGGCCAUCUUGACAGAUCUCCUGGCCGCUGGCACUCAGUGCCCGAGAGCCUCUAGGAGCAGAGUUUCUGCAAUGAAACACCAUUCCGUGUCUCCAGGCCCCGACCCCCUUGCUCAGUCCAAGCGAUGAUCUGGCAGCCUCUCCUGGGGUUCUUGCCGAUCGUCUUCCCCCUCCCUCAGUCUUUCUCCAUCUGUUGUGGCUGGUGACCCUGGUUUCUCUCCAUCUGUUGUGGCUGGCGACCUUGGUUUUUGGUCCGCUCCAAAUCCCGGGGCCCGGCACAGGCCCUUCCUGAGGUAGGGCUGCAAAAUCAGUUUCUUGAUGAUCAAUGAAGGGCUGAUGAUGAGCGAAGGGAAUGUGUGGGGGGGGGGGUGUGCGUGUGUGUAGCGCUAAACGUUUAUGAGCCGCUGCCUUAUCCUGUCAUAUUUAAAUGUGUGCCUUUUGAGUAUUUUUUUAAUUAAUUUUUAGACAAAAAGAAGGGAUGUGCGACAUAAGAUUUUAAAAUCCAGGCGGCUUAACAAAGGUGCAGCUUUUAGGGCCACCCUGUCAAAACUGGACCCUCCUUGGGUGAGCCAUUUCAAGUGCUUUCGGGCCUCUUGGAGCCUUGUAGCCGAACGCCCUGGGCGACGGUUUUUGCUACCCCGUUUUUACGAAGUUUGAUUACCGGGUAAGGUUUUGCAUAUAAUUAACCCGUGCGUUUGAUUAAUCUGAAUCAUGGUCCCUGGGUGGUUGGCUUGUCUCUCUCUCUCCUUCUUCGCGCUGUCCCCAUCCCUCCUGCCGAGAACAUCAUCGUUUUGUGUCCUUGUGCCCUAGGCAAGUUGGUUCAUAUUAAUCAAAUAAUAAACGAGUUGUGAUUUUGUUUUUCUAA